UGCGCCCGGCGAGGGCGGCGGGAGGGCGGGGAAAAGGGGCCUCGCCGCGGGAGGAGCCGCUCCGUGUCGGCAACAUGGCAGCGUCCAGCCGUGCCCAGGUGCUGCGGCUGUACCGCGCCCUGCUGCGGGAGAGCCAGCGCUUCAGCGGCUACAACUACAGAACAUAUGCCAUGAGAAGGAUAAAAGAUGCCUUCAGAGAAAACAAGAACAUAUCAGAUUCUGAAAAAAUAGAAGAACUACUGAAUAAAGCCAAAGCAAACCUAGAGGUUAUUCAACGGCAGGUUGCCAUUGGCCAGCUGUACUCCACAGAAAAAUUGGUCAUUGAGAGUCCAGGAAACACAUAGCCAAAAAAAGCCUCUGAUCCUGAAGCAACACUGGACCAUCUUCAGCAUCCUACAGUGCCACAUACAGAAACAUAAACUCACUGCACAUGUCUGAGCUUGUUUGUUCAGCAGAAGAAAUGCCUGAGAGACUCAGUUUUUGCCAACCAAAGUACUAUUUUCUAAUGGGUCACAUGUUCUAAGAUAAAUGGCUGUGAUUUAUAAUAGUAUUUAAGGUAGUCUUGGAGUCUGUUUGCUUAUAUGUCCUAUGUGAUGGAAUAGUUCCUGUCCCAUUUCAACAAUAAAACUUCAUUAAACUACCUGUAACCAGAUACAUUAUUCUGCUGCUGACCUUGUCACUCACGGAUCACAAAAAAUUGUGUUAGAUUUAAAACCCCUCAAGAUUUAAAACUCCUCACCCAGUUACUAAGUUGUAUUGAUCCUGUUGCAUUUAAAAAUAUCCAGCGUGUGAAUUAAAUGAGUAAGUACAUACUUUAUUUAAAGUAUUAAAACCAGAGAUGGUCAGAAUUUUCAUAUCCUGACCUUUGAUACUUACAAAUAUCAUAAACUGCAUUGUGUGGUUUCCUUGAAGAGCAUCCCUUGACAUUUCAGGAGGUGACAUAAAAAUUUCACUAGUGCUUUCUUUAGUUUCCAAGAGUUAAUAACCAGUCUUAUCCUAGUUUUAGCAAUUAAGUGAUCAGAAUAGCAGAAUGUAAGAAUUGAAUAAAUGAGGCUUGGAAGUUUUCAAAUGUUUUUUCACCACCAAGUCCUUUAAUUUGUUGAGGUGCAGCUAUUAGCAGAAAGCUCCACAUCACUUUAUGAAAUAUUUCCCUUUUUCACAAACGAGAAUUUUGGCAGAACAAAAAGAACAUAACUGGAACAGUAACUCAAGUGCUCUAAGUCAUGAGGUGGCAACAAGCUUUGCCUAAAAAAAGUGGAACACUCAGCAUAGCAUUUUAUUGGUUAUUCUUAAAUCCGUGGAAUGCUCAAUACUUCUAAGACCACAGAUUAAUAAAAAGGCAAGCAGAACUUUUGAUCAGAUUCUACUCAAGUAAUCGCUGUGGUUGAAUUUGUUUUCUGUUAGAAAUCUGCAGAAAAAUUAAGCUGUGCAAAGUUGGCAUACAGGAAAAAAACAGUUUCCUUUUAUUUCAGUGAAUUGUGGGGUUUUUUGAGUAGCGAAACAAAAGCUCAAAACUAAUUCCAUGGCACUGUGGCCUUUGAAAUCCACACCUUAUUUUUCUUGCUUCACAAAAGUCAUCUUUGUUUAUGUUCUUCUGUGUUGUUCAUGCUCUGUGAAAACAUUAUUAAAGCAGAGUGUCUAAUUAAAGUGUCUAUAAUUUAGAACAAACUUCCAUUCCUCACUGCCCCUUAAAGUGUAUUUUACCAUUCUGUACAGUUAGAUUGAGAUGUAUAGUGAUGGAUUUCAUAUGGACAAUACAGAAUAAAAUAGUGUGUACCUGAGACUGUAAAUUUCCCUUCUCAGUUUCAGAUACAAAGCAAAUACAGUAAUAAUUCUCCCCUUAUUAGGUGUAUAAGUAUUGCAAUGUAAAUUGCUUUUGGUGAACAUUUUAAAAUGGAAUUUAGUUAUUUUAAUAGGUAAUUUACAUUAGAUUCUCUAUUUGAAAUCUCCACAUUCACAAAUCGACAAUUAAGUGCUCUUAAGUUAAUGGUGAAAGUGCAGGGGAAUAAGGGUUUGAUUGCUCUUUAAGCUUCCAGUGAGCUCACAGAAAUGCAGUAACAUCUUACGCUCCUGGAUGACACUGGCUUGGAAGGGCUGACAGUUUUAUACUGCAAGAAACUUGGUCACUAAAACAGUACAUGUAAAAUCCUUGUCUAAAACAGCUGAAUUACUGGAACAAGCACUGCAUGCCAUUUCAAGAUCUGAGAAUGUGUGCUAGGAAGCAGAAUAAACAUAAAUAGCAUAGCUCUGAUAGAUAAAGAGGGACAACUCCAUCGGUAACAUUUUUACUAUUUAAAUCUAUGCUUUCAUCAUAUUUACGAAAAAAUAGGGGAAAUUUCGAUGCAUAAUCAGUUCUUCCAGAAUACCUUUCCAGUGAAGUUCUUUAGCAUUGUUUCCAACAAGAAUACAGCUGUAGAUGGUACGUGCUGUCUUACAGGCAGGCAGUCUUGGGAACAUGAAAUGUCUUACUAAUCCUCUCCAAAGUAUGAAGGAGAUUACUUCUCCAUUAAUGCCUGAAAACUCUGUUGUUAAGUUUUUGUGGUAGAUAGAAUAACUACUGCAGUCCCAAUUCAUGCCA